AUGCUAGGGCCUGCAUCACAGACAUCACGGCUCAUGCUAAACGUGCAUGACAAGUCGCAGAAUCUUCCAGACAUCCAGGGAUAUUUGCAUUUCAUAGCAAGCGUUCAGCUACGAUGUCGGGUCCAUGUAUCUGACCCUGGGCAUCCUGCUAUGCAAGGAAAAAACUGUGUGGGUGUAAGUCUGUGAUGCAGAAAAUGCAAAACUGUUACACUUGUCAUGCUGAAUCUGCGUCAUAGGCUACUUUCAUACGUGUUUUCACGUACUAGCUGCGCAUGACAGAUUUUCCCUGUAAUGCAAAACGAAUUUGUGAUGCUGCCCUUCCUACAAAGUUACACUCACACAGUUUUUUUCCUGGAUACCUGCCCUAUGAACUGCAACAGUAUCCGAUACUCGUGUAUUAAAUGCAUU